CUUUCCAGUGAGAGUUUUAUAAACUGCAUUGUUAUUUCGUAGAAGUUUCCUCAGUUGCAAGUAUUGUUUUCGAAGGCGAAAGAAUGGAACAGGUUAAAGCCUUACUCGAUGCGGAAUCAUUCCAAAAAUUAAAAGCUCAAAAAAUUGAUGAUAUUUCCUUGGUGCUUCUGAAAGACAACGAUUUGAGAGAUAUCGGUAUAAACGAGAAAGGACCUCGGGUGGUCAUUUUGCAGAUUAUAGAAAAUCUGAACAGUUCUCAUGAUAACGUUAAUGAUAAGGAGAAUACGACGAAUGUGAUAAUACCUCCAUCAAAACAAAUACUCCGAGAAACGCUCGUUUCAGAUAAUAGUUUCCGACUAAAAGUAUUGCAGCCGGUACUGGAUCGAGGUAACAUACCAGAUAAAAAUGGUAUCAGUUUCCUUACUAGAGUAGCUUGUCAACCAUUCGAAAAACGGAUUGAAAAUGGUCACGUAUAUCCCUCUACAGAAGAACAGCAGAAAUUAGCGAAUGAUAUCGUUGAAUUGUUUCCGCAGCUUCAGUGUAAUAAUGACAGACCUGAAGGGGCUCCAGAUUCGUGGCUUUUUUUUUGGCGAAACAGUGGAAUGGAACAGGGUAAACACAGUGGUAUGAUUUACCAUCGAAUUCGAAAUAUCAUUAAGAAGCUUCCACCGGAAAUGCGUAAAUACCAGCGAUCAAAAAACGUGAACAAAACUACAUCCAUACCAACAGAACUUUUGAGUAAAGCCGAAGUUCUACGCACGUUGGACGCAACGAAAAAUGAUAAAAAAAGGAUUUGUCAGGAAAUGGAGGCAUGUUUCCCUUUGUUAAAAUUUUUGCUCAAUGCAAAGAAAAGUGCAACCGAAAUUCACCAAAUGUUUCCACAUCUAAGUGCAUACAACGGAUAUAUGAUCCGUAAAUCGUUUACUCAACUCUUUCCGUGUUGUGAACCUGAGCCGGAUUUCAAGGGAGUUCUAUCGAAGUGUCUUCUAUACUCAUCCAGUAAAUUCAUGCAAGUUGAGGAUGAAUACAUUAAAGGAUUCCUGCGCAUGUUUUCGAGUAUGCCAAUGCGUGGACUCCGCCGGAGAAUUGACGGUACAUUAUCAAUUUCCGAAGAACAAUUGGCGUCGCCUUUUAUUCGUUGGUUAGCACCCAACAUCAGUAUUGCAGAGGAUUUAAAAACAUAUAAAGAAUCUCUUCAAAAUGAACAACCGCAUGUUGUAUGCUCUGCGAUGCCGUUUAAAGCCGGGCCUUCAUUCGUGAUAAUAAACAGAAAUAUUUGUAUUGAUGUACAGUGCUCAAUACAUGCAAUCGAUACACUAUUGAAAUCCUUCGCAGUGUUUGGCAUAGAAAUUCCCGUACACAUGCGUAUGAUGAUGGAUUUUCUGGCGUGCGUAUUGUACAAAAAUAUGAGCCACAGUUCACGGGCAACUGUGAACCGCUUGGUUGCCGCAUUCUACGAAGCCACUAAGGCAGAAGACACGGAAAUGAUUUAAAACAUUUAUAAUAUUUCGAUGGAAAAUAAAUCUGUUUUUGAUUGUUCUGAA